AUGCUACCCUCUAUCGCCACACUCAUUGCAUUCUACCACACCUUUCUUCUAAUGACUACCUCGCACAGCGCCAAAUACCUCAACAAGCUGAUUGGGUCCCCCGACCUGGAAAGGAACGAUGCUGGCGUGGACAACAAGGACAAGGACAUCAGGGAAAGGGCUCAGACCUGGCUCGGCUUUGAUAUGGGUGGGAAUGAGGUGCCCGCCUUUGCUCGCUAUGAGAAAGGAGAGGAUCAGACGCCCAAUGUCUCACUCAAGCCCAGUGUUUCAGCGGCUGAAUCGGGUGACAAAUCUGGUUCGGCACGGAGUCAACUUUGUGUCCCGUUCAACACGCCAACCAAACCUGUGAAGUCAUACCUCGGCGAUCGCUCUUCUAGUUCGCCGAUCCCUACGCCCUCGCCGCCAUCACUCAACCAGUCCUGGGACUCUUCUCUGAUGUCGCCUAGUCACAGUCUGGAACAAUCCUUCUCUGACGAUUAUGAAAGCUCGCCGACCACUUGCACACCCUACAAAAGCACCCGAGAAGUCGGCUUAGGAAUACAAGGCCUGUCCAAGAAAACCGGCGACAUUUUCGAUGGCCUAGGCAUCCUCUCUCUACACGGCCACAGGGUCUCUGCUUCCGUCGCCGUCGCCCAAGAAAACGACACCGAGCAAACCAUGGGCGGCAUUCUGGAUGCAAACGGACUCUCUGAAGAGGCUCUGGAGCAAUUUUACGAAUCUUUUACCACGGACCCCUUCCAUCUUCGCUCUCUCUCUCCUAUAUCUGAGGCCAACGACGAACUCGAUCUACCGAGUUUCAACACAGAUAAUGGUGAUAAACGGGACGUCUUUUUGACAUCGUACACUCCCAGCAGGAUCCCUAUCAAGUCUUCCCCUCGUAAAGCUCGGACCGACUUCUCCGAACGUCCUCGAACGCCCGUCUCUCUACCUCGGGCUGGCCGCUCCUUCCGUCGACUUACGCGCGAUCUUUCGACCCCAACAGUUUCUAGCCACCUAAAGUCUAGUCAACGUCGUCAUUCAUCGAUGAUAUCUCAACCUUCAUGGCGAAUUUGA